UUUCAGGCUAUGUAUCAAAACAAACCUUGGUGUAAUAGCGACCACUGGAUUACACCCCGCCAUGGUAAUGCAUUUCACUCGGCGUACAUGUUUUAUUCUCCAAGCAAAAGUUAUGUACAUGUUGAGCCUGUGUCAAAGACUUUAAGCUGUGGCCACCGUGAGCCGGUUCGGGUGCGGUACAUCCUUAACCAAGGUGAUGAGAAGGAGGACGAGAUUAUCUUCUAUUACAUGGUCAAGGCUAAGGGGGACAUCAUCCGAACAGGGACACACAGGCAGCCAGUGGAACAGGGAACAGAAACCAAAGGGGACUUCCUUUUGAAUCUCUUGGUGGAUGUCGACACUGCUCCCAAGAUCCACUUGCUCCUCUACACCAUUUUGCCCAGUGGAGAACUCGUUGCUGGCUUGAGAGACUUCACCGUAGAAACGUGCUUCUCCCACAAGGCCAAACUGUGGUUCUCGGAUCAAGAAGGUCUGCCUGGCCAGAAAGCCCAACUCCAUCUUUCAGCCUUCCCCGGUUCUCUCUGUGCCAUCCAUGCCGUUGACCAGAGUGUCUUUCUCUUCAAACCUGAAGCCGAGCUCUCCUCUGAGAAGGUAAGUUCCGAAUGCAUUUC